AUGGUGUUUCAGCCGCAAGAGAUCCCGCUGGGGUCUCCGCCCCUGGUCGAGGAGCAAGAUGCCGCCAACGGUGCGUGGGUGCCCAUCUACAGCCAUGCCUGUACCUUUGGGCCGGCUGUGUUUGUGGACAAGAUGAUGGAUCUCAUCAAGAACCCGAAUCUCAACUCCAGCUGGCUGUUCCGCGCCGAUAUUCUGCAUGACGACAAGAAGCUGGCUGGGAAUCCUGACGGCGUCUCUCGGCAGUCUCCCGCGGUCAGCCCCGUUGCCGUCUCGAUCCGCGGCAUGGCCCUCGUCCGCACCCUCGUCCGCAGACUCAUUCCCAGAAACGAGCGCAGAGACAAGCCCAUGGAGCAGACCUGCGCCUUCUACACCACGGAUCAGGUCACAGAUCAGGUCACGGCACAGGACGGCUUACAGGCACAGGAUCCUGCUGCUGCUGCUCGUUCUACUCUCGUCAUAUAUAUGCCCCAUGCCUCCUCGGCCGACACUCUCCCCUUCUAUCACCCCAAGGUUCGCGGCAUUGCACAUCUUCACCAGUGGGAUGGACAAGGCCGGGGCACCAUAUCAGUUCACUUCCUCCCCUAUCCAGAGCAUCCCCUCAGCGAUGCAAAGUUGCAGCGAACGGCGUAUCAUCUCCUUGAGGUUCUCGACAAACAUGGUCACGGAGCUGUUCAGGGCUAUGUCAAGAGAGUCAAUCACGACCUGGUCAUUCCCAAAGACAGAUUCCAGAACCGAUACGCGCUUCUCAAGAGCAAGUAUGCUCGCCAGAUGGUUGACUCGUGGGCCGAAAAGACGGAUCCUUCCAAGCACGUCUUUGAGGAUUUAGGAAUAGCCGCCUUCCUCAUCGAGCUAUGGAACGACAUGUAUCCCAAGGACGCCACUGCUUUUCCUGGAUUCGUCGAUAUCGGCUGUGGAAACGGCUUGCUGGUGGCUCUGCUGACGCGAGAGGGCUACUCUGGCUGGGGAUUUGACGCGAGAGAACGCAAGUCCUGGGCUCAGUAUAGAACGCGGGGGCAUGCUUCACCCUCUGGUUUCUCUCUAGAAGAGCGGCUGCUGCUCCCAUCCAUCGUGACAACGGCAACAGCAACAAGCGGUCAGGCCCAAGCGAGCGACCAGGCUGAGGCUGAACCCGAAACCGACCUGCGGCUGCGCGAAGGCGUCAUACACGACGGGGUUUUCCCCCCGGGCACCUUCAUCAUCUCCAAUCAUGCCGACGAGCUGACACCCUGGACGCCGAUACUGGCCGCUUCAUCGAGGUGUCCCUUUAUCAUGAUCCCCUGCUGCAGCCACAACUUGACUGGCGAAAAGUUUCGCGCACCCCCUCCGAGGGACAAGUCCAAGGCCAAGUCCACCUACGCCUCGCUGGUCGAUUGGGUGUCUAGGAUUGCAGAGGACUGCGGCUGGAAGGUCGAGACCGAGAUGCUACGUAUUCCCAGCACGAGAAAUACCUGUUUGUUGGGGAGAACACGAACAAGAGAGGGCGAUGGGCUGGAAACCCAGGUAGAUGUGGCAGCGCUUGUUGACAAGUACGGCGGCACGGGUGGCUACUACGAGAAUGUUGCAAAGCUCAUCAAGUCAGGCCCGAGAGGCCACUGA